ACUUCACGGAAGAGAGCAGAUCCCGAACCUCCGAGUCCGAGCAAACACAAGGAAGAACCGAACCGAGGUUGGUGAUCAGCGGACCUAAACCCGAACCGGAGGACGGGCUGGGUGCGCGCAGCGGGGCGGCGCGCUGUCUGAGCGGCAUGACGCGCUCCUGAAAGGCGCAACAACCAGCAGCAGCAGCCGCGGAGCUCAGGGAGCUGACAGGAGACAUGGCCCACGUCGGCAACGGGGCGGCCGCCGAGGAGGAGGACUGUUUUGAGGAUGCUUUCGAUCGGAUACCUUCGACCUGUCAGAUGGACCUGCAGACUGCCAUCCAAGAGACUCAGUGUGCCCUAAACUUGGUCCUCAACAACAAAUUCUCUCAGGCACUUGACCUGCUUAAGCCAUGGUGGAAGCACAGUAUGUACCAUGCCCUCAGUUACAGCAGCAUCCUGGUGAUGCAGGCCACCAUGACUUUUGAGCAAAAGGACAUCCAGACUGCCAUGGAAACCAUCAAGCAGGCGUUGCAGACAUGUCACAGAUUCAGGAAGAGAAACUCGAUGGUCGGUUCUCUGUCCAGUCUGAUCAGCAAACAGUCCAACUUGCAGGAAGAGGAAAUGCAUGCAGAGCUCUGCUAUGCCGAGUGCCUUCUGCAGAAAGCAACUCUAACUUUCAUACAGAUGUUGUCUCUCCUACCUCAGAGGAUUUUAAGGCUGUUGGAGUUUAUUGGGUUCUCAGGAAACAGGAGUUUUGGUUUAGCUCAGCUAAGGGAGGGAGCAUCCAGCCAAAGUUUGCGUUCCAUUCUCUGCGUGCUAACCUUGCUCUUCUAUAACACAUAUGUCUCACUGAUACUGGGAACGGGGGAGGGGAACCUGGUGGAGGCAGAAGCUUUGCUGGAGCCAUACCAGGAAAAGUACCCUAAAGGCUCCAUAAUUCUUUUCUACUCUGCUCGGAUCGCCACGCUACGAGGAAACUUUGAGAAGGUUUGUUCUUUUGCUCUCAUGAUCUGUGUCUUUAAAGGCACACUAUCCAUAGAGAUCAGUGAUCAUAACUUGGAACCAGCGUGGCACGGUGCCAGGCAAACAAAGCUGCAGGCCAUCUACAUGUACCAGAAAGCAGCCAUCCUCAGCAUGAUGACGGAGGAUGAUGUGAGGAAGACGGGGGAGGAUAUCGUAGAGCUCUUCAGGCAGGUGGAGGGACUGAAACAGCGCCUGGCAGGAAAGUCGAUCCCCAUGGAGAAGUUUGCAGUGAGGAAGUCCAGACGCUACAAAGCUGCUAAGCCUGUCCCACUGGUCAUCCCUGCACUGGAGAUGAUGUACGUUUGGAACGGGUUCACCAUCGUUGGGAAAAGAGCCGACUUUACAGAGUCUCUGCUGGUUACUAUUGAGAAAGCUGAACAGCAGCUGCGUAAUGACCCAAAUCCGUCAGAGUUCCAUCCAGACGACAGCGGUCUGGUCCAGAUGUUGAAGGGGCUCUGCCUGAAACAUCUGGGCAGGUUUCUUCAAGCGGAGCUCUGCUUCACGCAGGUCCUUUCCAGUGAGAGUCGUAUCCGAUACGAUCACUACUUGAUCCCUUUCACCCUCUAUGAGCUGGGCCUGCUGUAUAAACAACAGGGGGAUUUCUUAAAGGCCACCACGUACAUUGAGAAAGCCAAGACGAACUACAAGGACUACUCCAUGGAGUCCAGACUGCACUUCAGGAUCCAUGCAGCCCUCAGCAGCCUCAAAGGCUCUCCUGUUGGCACCCCGUGAUGCUGCGAAACACGUCAAGCUGCUGCUGUUUGCUCAGCCGCAGUAAAAGUUUACCGGGGAAGCAUCUGCUUUACUUUAUAUUCUUUGUCCUUUUAACUGCUUGAACAUUUACACUGACACAGAUGCUUGAAGCUUGUUCAUGAUGGCGGCCAGCCUAAGGUGGAAUAUUAUUAGAAGGGUCAUUAAAACCUCUGAUUGGAUUUUGUUUAAAAAAACAAAUGUCUUUUCUGCAACAAAACAUUGUCUUCUUUUUCACCAAACAGCCCAAAGAUAUCAAAAAUCAAAUCUUUAGGAGAAGCAAAAAGGAGAUUCAGUAAGUAGAAGGAAAAAAAAAACCCAAAAGAGAUUUUCUGGCAUUAAAAAAACUUGGAAAAUCUUUUGUGAAACUGAAAACAAACAUGAACAAAUCAUGACCCUACAGUCAAAAAAAGUAAUAAAAUAAGUAUAUUUUAGGAAAAAGUAAAACACAAAUAUGUAUAUAUAUUUCAGGUUUGAAAAAUAGGUAAAAAUACAAAGUUUUGGUUGUCUGUUCUUUUUAGCUUUAUACCUCUUUAAUUUUUAUAAAUGCUUCAUGCCACAUGUGCAGGAAGGACACAGGUGUGUCUGUGCACAGUCACCGCCUUCUCACCAGUCGUGGCCUAAAUAAUGACACUCAUUCCAAGCUCACACGUAAAGGCUGUUAUGCACAUUUGAAGGAGAUUACACACACAAACAGCAGCAAUUGCACAUUUAGAGCAGCAAUAUGAAAUAUUCUUUGUUGUUCAUAGUUUAGCUCUUCUGAUUUGUUUUUGUAAAAUUUGCAUUAAGAAGUCACCACGUUUAAUUUAUUCAUGUGUUUCUCAAAAACAGAGCAGCUUUUAGGUGGUUAAUAAUUUCUGGACUAUUAUGAGGCAUAAAAUCCAGCUGAGCUAGCUCAGUUUAGCGAGCGGAAAUUAGCACUGAAAAAUAGCAACAUAAGGAUCGUCAUGACUACAGCCCCGCGUAUUUCAUGUAACGUGACUAAACCAUAAACCGAAAAUUUUGUUGUGAAAAUUUGAAUCUGGAGUUCCACAGGAUCCUGUACUGGGCCUUCUGAUUUUUGUUUCUUUACUAAUCCUUUUACGCUGCUUAAACUGUCUAGUAAUUAAGUAAAAGCUAAGACAGAUAACUUAACCUAAGUUACAGAAGAGGCUAAUUCAAGUUAUGUUGAAGAUUAAGAAAACCAAACACUACGACCCCUGCAAGGUUUGGAUAUACACUAAAUUUUGCUAUGUUAAACUUUUUGUCGUGGCAUUUGUCUUAUUAGCAUAUUUCAAAUAAAGUUAUGAAUAGUUUUGUAAUUGAAAGCUUCUUUAGAUGAACUUUUACUGUCCUUAAAUGACCUGGGACUAAUGAUAACCAUUUAAGGUUAGCAUCAACUUUGUAUGCUAACCAUUUAAGGUUAGCAUCAACUUCAUAUGCUAACCAUUUUAGGUUAGCAUACGAAGGUGGGUCAACUUAUCCCAGGAAUAAAAAGCAUCAAAAUCAAUUAUGGCAGAGACCCAACAGUCUGUAUCAUGAUAAAUGACUGCUAAUCAGCAAUGCAGAGAUUGAAGCAAGCACAGGAAAGCAUGUCAGUUCCACCAUGGUUUGGGGUAGCAGUUCUGCCAUUAGCUAGUUUUUGGCCACUUAAGAUGUUAAUGGACUCGCUCAUCUUUAAAUCUACCAUUUUGUAAUCAGUAUGGCUACAAAAAAAUCAAUAUGUACCUUGGUAGUUAUAUUUAAAGUAAGAAAAGCAUUAGAAAGUCUGGUUAUUAAGGAGAUAGACCAAGUUCCAAGUUGUCCAAUGUUUGGCAGCUUUUACAGUUGAGUAACAUGAAAAUGACUGUACAAACUGUGCAGAUCUAUUUUUAAGAAGCAGGGUCACAGUAGCCCUAAUGGGUAUAGUUCCUCAAUACUGCCAUUAAUACCUUUGGGGAUCUAACUGGCUAAUCUAGAUCAUUUAAACUUUAUAUAAGUAGAUAUGAGAAUUAGGGGGCCCAGUAUACAGCUAGAGGGAACUCCAUUUUUAAGACUUGCUUCUCUUUUUUUGGAUCCUGGACUUUAAAAAGGAAAGUGUUAAUCUAAUAUAUUUCUAUGUAAACAUUGAAAGAAGUUAUAGGGUUAAUUUUUUUUUUCUGCUGUCAAGGAGCCAAAAAUAAAUUUGAAUUUUAGGGAGAAGAGAAACUAAAAAAAAUAAUUUUAUCAAACAUUUUUAAAUCCAAAACUUCUGAUUGUAGAUGACUAAACCAAAAGGAUGUCACUUCUUUUUUUUUUAGGAGAUAGCACUGAAGCAGCUCGGUCUCUGAGAAGUACUCGCACAUUUAUAACCUUUAGCUGCCCGGGGCCAAGCGGCCAUCUUUUUUUCUUUUAUUUUCGCAAAACCUUUGCUUUGAACAAGGAAUCGUGGCCUUUUACUUGUUUUGUUGCUUAAUAACCUGAAAUGCUUCAUAAUUCCUUCAGACAUUUAGAUCAAAAGUAUAUAUAUAUAUAUAUAUAGAGCAACUUUAUAGUGUACGGUACAUUUAAGCACAAUCUAUGUUCUUUAAAAACGUGGAUCAAAGGAAGUGAUUUAUUUUAGUUCAUAAGGAUGGAGACUCUCUAAUGGGGAAAUCUAGAGGAUAGUGGGUUGGUAAAAAUGAUGAAAAAAUGGGUUGGUUAUCUUCCUUCAGCCUAAUUCAUCUCUGCUUUCACUGGAAACAUCUGGAUAUCAGAAUGGUUGUCCUCUGUUUUUAUGAACGUAUUGACAUGAAGACCAAAUCCUACCUGUUUUUCGGGGUUCUGUGUUGUUUUGUUGUUGUUUUUUUUCUCCUGUAUCCUAAAUGUCUGGAUGUAUUUCUUGAUGUUUUUGCGUGACCUGAAGCAUCGCUUGUGAACAACCUGAUGCAUCGCAGAAAACUAUUUAUAAUGACCAGAGAUGUUUAAAGGACUUGUGGCAAUGACAUCAGAGUCUCAGGUGUUUGUUGUUUUUUUAUGAUGGGUUUUAGUUAAUUCUGUUCAGAGAUGAGAAAGUUAGAGUUUUCUCUCCUCAUGUCUCAGCAUUUGAACAAAGAUUUGAAAUCUGACCGGGUAAGUUCAUAUAUGGCAGUCAGGUGGAGGAGCCUCAAUGUGAUCAGAUUUGGAGUAAAUUUGGAAUAUGUUUAUCAAUCAAAAAAGAGAUUUUUAAUUUUUUUUUUUUUUAUAAAGUAGGUAUGCUGUGUUUAUUAAACAGGUUGAGGCCUGGUGUUUUGAGGGUAAACAGUUGUGGUUAGAGGAAAUGGGCAAAGUGUGGAAGCCAAAUAAGGACGUAAAUCUAAACUGACAUUGAAUCCUCAACAUUUUGACGGAGUGAAUCAUAUUCGUUUAAUAAAAAAAACACCUCUAAUAGGAUUGCAGAUUCAACAUCUGAAGGAGCCAGUUAUAACCUAAGAACAGAUAAUCAUAUAAAUAAAUAUUUGAAUGUUACAGAUAAGUUAACAAAGAAAUGUUUAUUUUUUUAUGGUUUAACUCUGUUCAUUGCCACAACCCUCUGCUCCUGGAGAGCUUUGCUUGUUCCGUCCAGUAGGUAAAUGUCAGUGCCUCUGUGUGCAUCUGUCUUCAAAAUGUUAUCUGUUCUCCAUUGGGUUGCAUGUUAUGUAAUGUAAUCUUUUAUUUUUUUUUAUUUUAUUUUUUUUCCUGAUGUAAAGGCAGGAGGGUGAAGGAGGCCUUUUUUUGGGUGGAAAUCAUUUGGUGCAAUAAAGUGGAAACAGGAACGCUGUUUAUUUUGUGAGCUUUUGUGGUUUUAUUUUUGCUGUUGUGUCUGUGACGUCCUUAGAUUUUUAUUAAUGAAAAAUUAACCAAUCAGUGCAACGCUCACCAUAUUUAGAGAUUUUCCAUCUGAAGCUUGGUUUUUAAUAUU